UGGGUGAGCUUGUAAAUGCUGCAAGAACAUUAGGUGAAACAGGAAAUUUUGUAGAUGGUUUUAAAAGACUUGUUUCAAAUGUUUUAACAAACACAAAGAAAUUAUUUAGAUAUACCGUACAUAACGGACAGAUUUUCGAACAGAUAGCAACAAACCCUCCGGUUAUGGCUGCGUUGAUGAUGGUUAGAGAUAUAAAACCACGUAACGACGGGAACGAAGAACAUGAACAACAGGAUACUGGUCGGGUUAUUCGAGACAUUAAAAACGUGUAUCCUGAAGUUAUUGAUUUAUUUAGAGGAGUUAAUGAUUCAAUUUCAAAACAUUCUAUAACCCUCGAUGAAGAGAAUAAAUUAACAGAUUAUAUAUUCGUCAUUAUUGCAGAAUUAAUGAAGAGAAUAAAUGAAAAAGGAAUUGGUGAUAUCAUUAAUGUCAGCGAUGUAAUGAUGAAAAGAAAUUUUGACUCAUUAUUUACAAAACCGAAAACAGAAUAUAG